AGCUGCUUGUUUUGCUAGAUCUAUCUUUCGACCGAAUCUUUACAAUGAAUGAAGAUGCAUUCGAAGGCCUUCAUAAUCUGCGAAGUCUUUAUCUCAGUAAGAAUUCAAGAUAUCCUGUUGAUGAGAAUUUAAGUUUGCCAAAAAAUGUAUUUAAAUAUUUAGUCAAUCUUACCGUUUUGGAUCUUUCGUAUAAUAACAUAGACUCACUUCAUGAAGAAACAUUAAAUGGACUUUUGAACCUGCAGCAACUUAAACUCAACAAUAACUUGUUAAAAGAACUACCAAAUGAUUCCUUCCAAUAUACACCAAAGCUUGCGAUUCUUGAUUUAUCUAAUAAUUUUUUAAAUAAUGUGACUGAAGGUGUGUUUAAUGGACUACGAAACCUGCAUCAUCUUUAUCUAAAUGGUAAUUACAUGCGCAAUAUUCAAAACAAUGCGUUCAUAUCGUUAAUCAAUCUAACUGAUCUAAAUUUAUUGACUAAUACGUUAAAUUAUGUCAAUGAGCAAAUUUUUGCUGGACUUCCAAAGUUGCGUCAUCUUUACUUAGGAUCCAAUUGUAUAAAAGAAAUAUCAAAUAAUACCUUUGGAAAUAUGACAGAUCUCAAAUUACUGGAUCUUUCAAAAAACUCUCUGUCGUCGCUAAAUGAAAAGACAUUUAUAGGACUUCGACGCCUGGAAGAUCUCAGACUUAACUUAAAUCUCUUUAAGUAUAAUACGAAACAGUUACCUCCAGGCUGUUUUCAACCUUUAGAAUCACUCAAACAUCUUUCUGUUCAAAUGAAUAAUCCACAAAAUGUACCUGAUACUUACAUUCUUCCAGAUGAGACAAUUAAGGAUUUGAAAAAGUUAAAAACACUAGAAUUAGACGUUAAUUUCGCAAAAGAAAGAAUUCUAGGAAUAGGAUUUUCUUCAUUAUAUAAUCUCUCUUCACUUGUUUUCAGUAGUUAUAGUAAAUUUUCUUUAUUGAACGACACAUUUAGAUAUACAACAAAUUUAACACAUUUUAGCUGUAAAAAAUGUAAUAUAAUGAUACUAGAGACUGGUACGUUUUUGUUUCUAACUCAGCUUAAAUUUGUGCUGCUAGACUUUGUUUGCCCCGUAAGUUAUGACCCUCAUCAAGUGAUUCACAUUAUUCUAAGUAUGUCGAAGACACCAGUUGAAAUCCUAGAAAUUAAUAAUGUUGAUAUCAAAGUAUUUUUUACUUGGAAAAAGGUGAACUAUAUAUUGCUUGAUACACGAAUUCGUGAACUUCAUAUAACAAACAAAGACAGAUGUGUCCGCAAGACGUCAAUCUUUCCCAUCGAAAAAGUUUUACCAACACCAGUCAGUUUGCAAAGUCUUGAUUUAAGUAGCAAUGGUAUACUUCAAAUCGGUCUCAAUUUGACUUAUGUUAUAUUCCUGGACUUGUCAAAUAAUGAACUAGAUGAUUUUUUAGAGGAAUAUAGCUACGCGAUGAACGGAAUAAGCAGACUUGAGUAUAUAUGUCUCUCUAAUAAUUUAAUCAAACACCUGAUUUCUAAACUAUUCAUAAACCAGCCGAGAUUACGAAUUAUAGAUUUAAGUUUUAAUAAGCUUACAAAUGUGAGUUUUGAAUUAACUCAUUUAGUAGAUUUAGAAAUUUUGAAUGUAUCCAGUAAUACCAUACGAUAUUUGGAUGACGGAUCAAUGAAAAACAUUGACAGACUUUUCGAGAUAAGUAAAAGUGUUAAAGUUGACUUAAGCAACAACACGUUUUAA